AUGCAUGAUUGGUUCAAAGAUUAUUUGCAUCAACGAUUCCAACGAGUUGUUGUAGACGGUGCAGUCUCCGACUGGGUACAUGUUACUUCGGGCGUUCCGCAAGGAAGUAUUUUGGGUCCUAUGCUAUUUGUAAUAUUCAUAAACGAUUUACCAGACGUUGUGCCAGAUUGUAUCUCUACAGGACUUUACGCAGAUGACACCAAACUCUACAGGAACGUAUCAACUAUCGGUGACUGUAAGAAAUUACAAGACGCUUUAACAGAACUUAGUUCUUGGAGUUAUCAAAAGAACUUUAAUGCAUCAAAGUGCAAAGUUCUGUCCAUAACACGCAAGGUCAAUCCAUUGCAUUUUCAGUACCAUAUGGAUUCUACCAAGUUACUUCGAGUAAACGAAGAAAAAGAUCUCGGGGUGAUCAUUACCGAGAAUUUGUCAUGGGAAUCACAUCUUACCUGCAUUUGUGCGAAAGCUAACAAAUUACUCAGUCUAUUAAAGCGAACAUGUAUUUCAAUUAUUGACAGUAGUGUUCGAAAGACUCUCUAUUUGACGUUGGUUAGGUCCAAGUUAAGUUAUGCGACUGAGGUUUGGUCUCCAGCAAGUUCCUUAUUGAAACAAAAGGCUGAGAAGAUUCAGAGACGUGCUACGAGAUGGAUCUUGCGCGUCAAAGCCGGUGAACUAUCCUACAAAGACAGACUUCAGCAACUGGAUACGCUCCCUCUUGCGUACGAUCGCGAGGUCAAAGACUUAGUAUUUUUUUUAUAAGGCUGUGAACGGAUAUAUUGACAUUGAUGUCUCAAAUUUUGUUAACUUUGUCAAUCAUGGACGGACACGUAGAGCAUUGAGAUCCAAAUACUUAGAAACUCCGUUGUGUAAAACUUGUACGUACAGUUCGUCGUAUUUUAAUCGUGUUGUCAAAUUAUGGAACAGUGUUUGUGUCUCGAUUGAUCCUUCCAGUUUUACAUCGCCAUCGUCUUUCAAACUAUACCUCAAGAUGAGGUAUAAGAAUAUUCUGGAACUAGUAUUUGAUCCGGACAUGACUUGCACCUGGUCACUUAAACGUGAUUGUGGUUGUCACAAAUAAUAAACUAACUUAACUAAUCAAAUUAAUGUGCAUGCAUUAUAUUAAUAUUUAUUUAUUAAGUAAAUAUGUUAUACAGGGUGCCCCAGAGGGGACCAAAGCUGUUGAGAUGGCGUGUUGCUUGGGAAUUGAAUUGCCUUAGCACUCUGCUGAACCUAUAAAUGCAUAAAAGCUUGACAAAAGUAAAUUUUACGAAUAAAGAAACUGUUUAAGAAGUUGCUUUAAAUUCCAAAGAGCAGAUAAUCAUGAGCUUACAAAGAUAUUUUAAUUUCUUCAAUACUCAUAUUAUAUGCAUCAUGUCGAUCAUAUUUACGUAUCUUUGCGUUCAGUUGGUGCGGAGGCGUUCGGAUUCUGGCAGUGCGUUGUUUCAGUGGUUUUGGUUUUUUUGGGACACCCUGUACAGUAUACUGUGAAUUAAAAGGUUUAUGUUAGGAAGAGGAGGGGCACCAUGCAAUGGACUUUACAUCCAGUUUGUGCCUUGUCCGUUUGAGUACAGCUCUUUAAUUGUAUGUUAGAUGAAUAUUUGUUAAAUUAAUUUGUACUCAAUAAAGUUUAACAAACAAACAAACAAACAAACAAAACGUUUCUGGUCGUUUUUCAAGAUUAAGUCUAAGGUAUCUAAUAUUCCGUUAAAAGUCUCGGUUAAGUCAGGUGAAAAUCAAAGAUCGUAUUCCAACAACAACGUAGACAUUGCGAAUACUUUUAACGAAUAUUUCGCCUCAAUUUUUACGCAUGACAACAAUAGUGACCACAAUCUAGGAGAACACUUGGAUCCAGAAAUUGUUUUGGAAGACAUAACACUGACUAACGACGAAGUAAUAACCGUAUUAACUAAUCUAAAUAACAAUAAAGCUCAUGGUUCAGACGGAAUCCCAGCACGUUUGUUGACGGAAACAUCAUCCCAAAUCGCUCCUUUACUCUGCGCUCUCUUCAACAAAUCUUUACGUUGUGGUGUUUUUCCUGAUGAUUAG